GCUUAGAUCACGUGACAUUUUGUUGACGUUUGUGGGAGAAAGAUGGCGGCCCGCUGGAGCAGCGAGACUGUUGUGGUUGAAUUUCGUGAUGCACAGGCCACCGCCAUGUCUGUGGACUGCUGGGGUUACCAUGCCGUGCUGUCUGGACGGCGCUUUCUAUACAUGGUGAAUUUGGAAGCCCCUUCUGAGGCCCCUCGCAAAAUCGGACGCCAGAGCAAAUGGGAUGUGGGGACUGUACAGUGGAAUCCACAUAAAUCAGAGUCCCACAUCUUUGCUGCUUCCAGCAACCAGCGUGUUGACCUUUAUUUAUGGAAAGAUGGCUGUGGAGAGGUCCAUACGUCACUGCAGGGACACACGCGAGUCAUCAGUGACUUGGACUGGUCCUGGUUUGAGCCCGAGUACCUCGUCACGAGUUCAGUGGACACCUACAUCUACAUCUGGGAUACCAGAGACACACGGAAACCCACAGUGGCCCUGUCUGCUGUCGCUGGAGCUUCUCAGGUCAAAUGGAACAGAAGGAACCAGUAUGUCCUUGCUUCCAGUCAUGAUGGGGAUGUUCGAAUCUGGGAUAAAAGGAAACCGAACACAGCGAUGGAAUAUGUAGCAGCUCACCUGUCUAAGAUCCACGGUCUGGACUGGCAUCCGGAUAACGAAUUCAUCUUUGCCACGUCCAGCCAGGACAACUCAGUCAGGUUUUGGGAUUACAGACAACCCAGGAAAUGCCUCAACAUCCUGUCCUGUCAGGUGCCGGUGUGGAAGGCCAGAUACACACCCUUUUCCAACGGCCUGGUGACAGUGAUGGUCCCCCAGCUGCGGAGAGAGAACAGCCUGCUGCUGUGGAGCACCUUAGAUCUCAACAGUCCCGUCCACGCCUUCGUUGGACACGAUGACGUGGUGCUGGAGUUCCAGUGGCGACCGCUCAAAGAAGGCUCCAAGGAUUACCAGCUGGUUACGUGGUCCAGAGACCAGACACUGAGGAUAUGGCGGGUGGAUUCACAGCUGCAGAAGCUGUGUGCUAAUGACAUCGUGGAGGAGCUGAUGGAGGGGAUGACUCUGACCAUGGAGGCGGAGAAGACUCUGUCCUCCCAGGAGCCUGAGCAUCAACACAACACCAGCAUCCCAACAGAAGACCUGCAGGCAGACCACGACGGUGUUCAGUCUGCUCUGAGCUCCAGCGGCCGGCAGGAGGCCCUGGGGCCCGGCCUGCCCCAGACCCUGCAGCAGGAGUUCUCCCUGGUCAACCUGCAGAUCAGGAAUGUAAAUGUAGAGAUGGAUGCAGUGAAUCGGAGCUGCGUGGUGUCGGCCCACUUUGGGAGUCAUCAGGUCCGCUUGGUGGUCAAGUUCCCCACCCACUACCCCAACAACGCUGCCCCUUCCUUUCAGUUCGUCUCCCCCACCACCAUCCCUUCUGCCAUGAAGACCAAGAUACAAAAGAUCCUGACAGAUACAUCACUCCAGAAGGUGAAGAGGAACCAGAACUGUUUGGAGCCGUGCGUUCGGCAGCUGGUCUCCUGUCUGGAGUCAGACAUGACUCAGGAGGACGGCCCGGCCCCCAGCCCGUAUGUCCUGUCCAACCCCGUCACACCGGCCCUGCCAGCUUUCCCCAGAGUCACCAACACUUACGGCUCUUACCAGGAUGCAAACAUCCCCUUCCCUCGGACGUCAGGAGCUCGUUUCUGUGGCGCCGGCUGUCUGGUCUAUUUCACCCGGCCCAUCACCAUGCACCGCUCUGCCCCUCCCACCGAGCCCACACCCAGGUCGCUGUCAGCCCUGUCUGCCUACCACAGUGGCGUACUGACACCUAUGAAGAUGCGCACAGAGUCUCAGAGCACGCUGAGGCUGUACAGCGGCAGCCCGACUCGCUCCGACAAAGACACCGUCUCCAUCUCUUCUUUUUACUACAAAGAACGGAAGCUCCCAAUCUCUGCCUCCCGCCGCUGGUCUGUACAGACCAUUCAUGACUGCCCGAAAUCCCGAAGGUUUAAGACCAAGCGCGAGGGGACGGACUACGGCAACCGGCCCAUCAAGCUAGCCGGCAAAGUCAUCAUCCAAGAGAUUUCAUGUCUGCUGCCUGUCCACAAGGCGCUGGGAGAGAGCUACAUUUUGAAUGUGAAUGACAUCCAAGACACGUGUCAGAAGAAUGCAGCAGCAGCUCUGGCAGUUGGCCGGAGGGAUGUGGCAAAGGUGUGGGCCCUGGCAUCUGCAGCAACCAGCUUGGACCUGAGUCCAGAUCCUGAUCCAGAUAAUGACACUCCCUGGGCCAGACACCCCUUUGGUCGCCACCUGCUGGAGACUCUUUUGGACCACUACAGUCAGAUGAGUGACGUCCAGACUCUGGCCAUGUUAUGUAGUGUUUUCAAAGUGCAGGGUCCUCCUCCAGACUGCUUCUCCCUCUAUGGACACCAUCCCCCUCGGUCCUCCAUGUUACCCCCUCACCACUACCGCUAUCCCAGUUACACGUCCAGCUCCGUCACCUCAGGCUCCUGCUCCAGCACCUCGGACUCCAUCACCACAACCACCUGGAACAUCGGCCGCGAUUCAGAGCAUGCCCCCCCGUGGGGUGAAUCCUCUCCUGAUGACUAUCGCUAUGGUAACCAGGUUUACACAGAUCCACGGGAACGAGAGCGGGAGCAGCAUGACAUGAACAAGAGACUUCUGGACCCAGCCAACAUUUUACAGUUUGAUGACUUUAAGAAGUGUUACGGCGAGAUCCUUCAUCGUUGGGGCCUGCGAGAGAAAAGGGCUGAUGUGCUCAAGUUUGCCUCCUGCCCUCCUGAACCUCACAAGGGCAUAGAGUUUGGACUGUACUGCUGCCACUGCCAUAGUCAGGCCCGGGGCACCCAGUGUGCUGUGUGUAAGCGGCUGACUUUCCAGUGUGCCAUCUGCCACGUGGCCGUGCGUGGCUCCUCCAACUUCUGCCUCAGUUGUGGCCACGGAGGACACACCAGCCACAUGAUGGACUGGUUCCGCUGCCAGGACGAAUGUCCCGCCGGUUGCGGUUGCCAGUGUCUUCUGCAGAGCACCUUCUGAAUCUUUGGGGCUGCGUGGACAUAGGAGACACAUGGACCUCCCUCUCUGUCAUACACACACACCAAACAGAAAUUCUGAAAGAUUACUGAUCUGUGAAAACUAACAUGGUCCAAAGAGGAUGGAAGUGUGGUCAGUAAAGAGCCAUACCAGUGAUUUUCAAUGUUUGGCUCAUUUACUGCAAUUCAGUUCUACAACUCUAUUCAGCAUAUCAGUGGAGAGUCACACUACAGAAAUUAUAUGCCUUAGCAGCCACUCAUAAACCUCAGAGCUCCUCUGGCCUCGGUCUGUCUUCCUCAUUUUAAAGGACCAUACCAGUAAUUUUGAAUGUUUGUCCCUUUAACUACAAUUCCUCUUCAUUUUACAUUGCAACAAAUCAUUCUCCAAAUCAUGCAACAGAACUAAAGAUUUCACAACAUAUAAUCAAAAUCCUUUAUCAAUUUUUUUUUUUUUUUUUUUUUUUGAAUUUUUGGUUGAAACACCUACCUUAUAAUGUUGUGCUUCUGCAGCUAACAAAGAUGUAAAGCAAACAUUUCCUUGGGGAUGGACUUGAAGUGCUCCAAUCUAACGCCAUGAUCCGCAUUAAGCACCAAGCUGAACAUGAUUCAGUUUUGGUUGCACCACACAUCAGCAUCAAAGACCUAAAUUGUGGGAAGUCACCAGCCUCCCACAGUUUCCCAGUGAGAAAGUGAAACUUCAGCUAUAUCCUCUGUUUCAGAAUGGGCUCCUUAUUGUCUUAUCAUUUUUUUUUUAUUUUCAGUGUUAUUCUCUUUGUUGGUUGAGGUUACCUACAGAUGGGUGACAAACUCAGGGAAAAAUAACAUCAAGUGUCUUCAAAAGGUGCUGGACCACCAUGAGCCACCAGAGCAGCGUCACUGCUCCUUGGCACAGAUUCUCCAAAUCUCUGGAGCUCCACUGGAGGGAUGGAGCUCUGUUCUUCCAGAAGAUCUUGUUUACACAGAGGGCUGCGUGCUUAAAGCCACAAAUGCACAUUUGCGAGUUGAGUGGCAUUGAUCUACAGAGGUGCGAAAAAAGUGAUGAGUCAUCCUUCACCAUAGACAGGUUGGCGAGUGCAUGUGUGAGGUCCAUCAAGACAACACGACAGGCCUGAAUGCUGGACCCCUACAGUGAGGGGGUUCACUGGCUCUGUUAUGCUGUAGGGAGACAAGGUUCACCUCAAAUCAAUACAAAGUUAUUUUGAGUGAUCACCUUUGUCCUAUGAAGAAACAUUUCUAUCCUGAUGGGAGCGGUCUCUUCCAUGAUGAUAAUUCCCGUCAUCCACAGGGCAUAGCGCUCACUGAAUGAUUUGAUGAGGAUGAAAAUGAUAGAAAUCAUGUACUGUGGUCUUCACAGCCACAUCUCAAUCCAGCUGAACACCUUUGGGAGAUUCUGGAGUGCUGUGCUAGACAGCGCCAAAUGAGGGAACAUCUUUUUUGGGAAGAAUAGAGCUCCAUCCUUCCAGAAAAGUUCCAGAGAUUUGAAGAGUCUUUGCCAAGGAGCAGUGAAGCUGUUCAACAUUUUACUAAGACACCUCAUGUUGCUUUUUCCAUCGUCACCUGUCUGUAGCUAAUACCAGAUAGAUACAUGCUUACUAACCAGAAUGAAGUAACUCUCUUUGACCUCUUACUUUUGGUGUCACUAGCAUGGCCCACAUCUGGACAUGAGGAAAAGAAAAGCCUUCUGUCUGAUCCUGGCCUCAGUGUGCAAUGUGAGAAGCUGUGUGUUUCAGUUCUGAAUUGUCAGAGCUGCGAUAUGUAACUUUCCCUCUUGAGGCACUUAACCCCGACCUCCUCCCUCCGCACACUGACCCCUGUCAGUCAUCUUGAUGAAGUGUCGUUUAGCCUGAGGCCUAUAUGAAGUCACUAAAGACCUUGAAGCAGUUGAAGCUCAUCUGCAAUAACACAAGUAAAGCUGUUUUUCUUUUAAUUUUUCUUUAAUUUAUUUAUUUAGCCUCAGUGUUCUUCUGCUCUCCUCCAUUGUUGUCGUUGCUGUGAUUUCCUGACGUGUGGCUCGCCACACCCAUAAGCCACCCACCACAAAUGGUGAACACUCAAAACAUCUUGACAUCAACCUUGAUCAUAUUUUUCUGGCCUUUUUGAGGUCUAAAUGACUGAUAGAGAUAUGAAAGUUUUAGACUUGGUCAAGUAUUGUGCUAGAUCGCUUUAGACAGCCCCCGCAAAAUGGGCUGCAGUGUAAUCUCAUAGAGCAAGAAUGCCCAUCAAAUUACGUCUACUGACAGUGCUUGUUUUUGCCACUGCAAGGCUCUGACAGGUUGUUAGUAUCAUCAUUAUCAGUCAUUUGGGUCCCAAAGGAGUAGAAACAGGGCCCAGGUUGAAAAAUACCAGAAUUAGCCUUUAAAAAGCUAUUGUCCGGGACCAAGCAAUUUAGACCUGAACAUACAAAUCUAUAAUGCUAUGCGAUUUUCAUGUCAGAGAAGUUGAACAAUGUAGCUUUAAUUUUACUUGAAGUAACGGAGAGUAGGAGACGCUGAAGUACAGUUCUCUCACCUGCAAGAAUAUCUGUGUCCACCUCCAGGGGACAACAUGGAGUGUUAAACCCGGGCUAAACAGAAUCAAAUGAAUAGCAGUCAAUGGGACUUUAAUAGAAAAUCAGUAUUCUAAACUAUAAUUACAAUUGUCACGUCAUGUUAUAGUUAUGCCUUUGUUAUAAAUAUUGGGCCGUGUAACAAUGACCAAUACGCCAGGUACUGGUAAAUAUGUGGAAUCAAAUUUAGUGAUCAUUUUGUAGCGUUUAGCCCCACUGGCUGACAUUUAUUCUCAACUGUUUAGCAAGUGUUCAGCACUGCCCCCGAUGGCCAAACAACUGUAUUGCACGCUUUUUUCUGUGUCUCAGCAGCGUAGGGCCGUUGCUCAGCUUUCUCUAUAGGCUUUGAUUCAUCUUUCACACAAGAGACACUCGAUAUGUCCAAUAGCCUUACACGAUGUAGUGCUGGAGACAAGUGCUAAAGCAAUUACAGGGCUAUGUUUUUGAAUGUGAAAACACUGUACUAUAAUCAUUUGAAAUCAGUAGGGAGAACUUCUCUCUCUGAAUUUGUGAUAUGUAGAAAAUAGUUACUGUAUGAAUAGUCUACAACUGUGCCACUGGUAAAACAAUAAUAAUAAUAAUAUUAAAUGAUGUCAAAGACUGAAUUUUCAAUGAACUUGUGAACUUCUGUAAAAGUAUAGAGGUUAGAAGUGCCA